GAUAGUUUUAGUUCUUAGAAUAAAUCAUUUAUUUUGUACGUUACUUAUCAUACUUUAUAAACUGUAAUUGUUUCAUUUCGAAUACAAUACUGUGUAUUUGAGUUUUUAUAAAGUAAUCCAUUUUAGGUUAUAUUAUAAAUGCUUGGUACUUUAUUAAUUAUGUCACUGCAGUAAACAAUUAGUACUUAUAGAAAUGAGUACCACAAAAAAUACGAUUGCUGUAAGAUGAAUUCAUCGUAUGAUCAAAAGACCAGCGAAAUUUAUUCUAAACUAGAUAAAAAUUAGCUGUGUACAGAAAUUUCUUGUGUACAUGAGUAUGCGAAAUAUGAUUUUUAAAUGUAUUAUUGGCUAUUUGAUACUUCAAUUGUCACCGAUCAAUGAACAAUUUCUUUAUCAAUUUCGUAUAGAUACAAAUGCGCAUGCGUGCAUUUAGAAAUUUGUAAAGAUGUAAAUGUAUUGUGUAAAUAAAAAGGCAUAUCAGACCAAAAAUACAAGUCGUAUUAGUAAUUUUUAGUCAGUAAAUAGACCUCUCUUAUCUUUCCCAUUCGAUAACAGAUAAACAUUCAAAUCGUAGUUAAUACAAUACCGGAAUAGAAUGUCUUAACCUGUCAUUUCAUUAAUCAUUAGAAUUUGGAUUUUAUUGAUUUAGAUAUAUACAUAAAAAUGACAUUUGAAUUUGCUGAAAAAGAAAAUCAACAAUUAAAUAAUAUUAGAGCUGGUUUAAUUGACUUUAUUUCUGGAUCACUCGGUGGUAUAGCACUUGUAUAUGUUGGUCAACCAUUAGAUACAGUUAAGGUAAAAAUGCAAACCUUUCCCUCCAUGUAUAAGGGAAUGGCAAAUUGCUUUUUACAAACCCUGAAAGCAGAUGGAAUAAUGCGUGGUUUAUAUGCAGGAACUAUACCUGCACUAGUUGCUAAUGUUGCUGAGAAUUCAGUAUUGUUUGCUGCAUAUGGAGGAUGUCAGAAAGUUAUUUCCAAUGUUUUAGGUAUUAAAAAAAUAGAAGAUUUGACAUCAAUUCAAAAUGCUUGUGCUGGAUUUUUUGCUGCAUUUUUCUCUUCUUUAACAUUAUGUCCUACAGAACUUAUAAAAUGUAAGCUACAAGCAGUAAGAGAAGUUCAAAUGGAAACUAAAUCAGUAUUAACUGUUGCUAAGAAAGAAAUUAGUCCAUGGGGAUUAACACGUCAAAUUCUUAAAGAACAAGGCAUAAAAGGUCUAUUUACUGGUUUGUCAUCAACUAUAGCACGCGAAAUGCCUGGGUAUUUCUUUUUUUUUGGAGGCUAUGAAGUAACCAGAGAACUUCUAACAAAACCAAAUGAAAGUAGAAAUGACAUAGGAUGGCAGAAAACCAUGGUAGCUGGUGCCGUUGGUGGAAGUGUCUUAUGGCUUGUAAUAUUUCCAGCAGAUGUAGUUAAAAGUAGGAUACAGGUUAAAAAUUUGAAAAGUCCUGCAUUAGUAGUUAUGAAAGACAUUGUAAAAAAUGAAGGUAUUAGCUCUUUGUACAAUGGUUUAAAACCAACGUUAAUAAGGACAGUACCAGCAACAGCUACAUUAUUUGUAACUUAUGAAUAUUCUAAAAGAUUCAUGCUUGAUUUUUUUGAGAACAGUUGAUAGAAUAAAUUAUAUUUAUGUAAUACUAUUCUGUUUAUUAUAAGGCAUAAAAUAGGCUACAAUAAAUGGAUUUGAAAAUAA